UUCAGACUGCAAUGGCAACAGAUUCCCCUCUUCUCCUGGCUGCGGUGACCCUUCUAUCUGCCUUCCAGAUGGUUUGAUAACACAGAUACUCAGUGUGCAGAGGCUGGUUUAGUACCCCAGAAGAUGGAUUGAUUUUCCACAGCCACAGUGAGUAAGGAUGAAGCCGGCUCACAGGAAGAGUGAUAUGGAGCGUUUGGGUGUGUUUAUGGAGAUGAGCUACAUCUCUGCAGGAGACACGUCAGCAAACAGCCGGUACCUGGCCCGCAGAGUUGGAUGGUCUAGAAUGGCUCACAAGAUCCUCCCUCCUGUAGUCUCUGGUCCUCCAGAGUUUGAACGAACGUUUCGUGCGCAUCAGAACUGUGUGGAGUUCUACCCCCUGUUCUUGGUGAGUCUGUGGACCUGUGGGAUGUUCUUCAGCGAGGUGCUAGCUGCAGCAACAGGUUUGGUCUACAUGGCGGCCAGGCAGCUCUACUUCAACGGCUACACCCAGUCCACCAAGAAAAGGUUACCUGGCUUUUACCUGACCCUGGCUGCACUUCUCACCCUGUCCGUUCUGGCUGUGGUCGGAAUAACGCGCGGACUCCUGGACAAGUACUUUUACACCCCUAUCUAAAGAUUUACAUCUGUUUCAUGUGAAGAAGAAAAGGAUUGCAAAUAUUGUUUUUAUGCACAUAGCAAUCCUGUGUUCUCCAAGUGAACAAUCUGUAGACAGAAGCUGUUCUGGUUCAUCUGAGUAAUUAUCAGUAAUUGUCUAAAAGUGGUUUCUGACCAGUUUUCGCUGCUGCUGGGUUCUGAAUGAGGGCAGACCGGUUGCAGUUUUCUGGCCGAUUGUUGAUCUAUAGAAAGUCUGCCAUGCCGAUUCUGAUUUUGGCCAGUGCCAAAUUAUUUUUUUUGUCUGAAAUGUUGCUAAAUAUAACAAAAAGUCGCUGAAGUGGUAACAGUGGAGUGACUAUUGUUGACUGGGAAUGUGCAGACAUGAUCUGGUGGAUGGGUGCAUCACUCAAACCUUUCAGAUUAGUGAAUAAGAUUGGCUUCACAUUUAAGUAUCGGCCAAUCACAAUCCUCCAAAAUUAGGUUUAAUAGAGUGUAACUGACAAAUUCGUAUUAAAGUCAACUUUGUCAAAACCAAUAAAGUUUUUUUUCCCCCUCAUCCAA